AUGUCGUCCUCGAUGAAGUCUGCAGAGAGCGUAGUCUCGUUGAGCUCCUCAACCUCCUCAACCCCAUCUUUGAAGAGAAGCGCUCCACCACCCGCCGAUGACAAACGGAAAAAGACCAAAUCCAGGAAUGGAUGCCUCACUUGCAAGAAGAAAAGGCUAAAGUGCAGCGAAGAAAGACCUUUUUGUGGAAAUUGCCAGAAGAGAAACGUUUUGUGCAGUGGAUAUGCUACGGCAUUCAAAUGGAAAACUUUUGAUGAUACUGCCACCGGCCAGAAAGUCAGCAUGCAAAAUAGCCAGAAACAUGUGCCACAGGUGUCACGGCCCAACAUAGAGAGGGAAUCGAUGCUACUGUCUGCGAAUUCGGAUCUGGUCCAGAAGGCCUUAGAAGCAGCCACAUUAUCUGUGACUGGAAGGUCCACCGCAGAAAUAGCCAUUGCCAACGACCUUAUCGCUAAAGGCCGUAAUCCUGAACUCGCACGGGCUUUGGUUUCCACUAUAAACAAUUUCAAUCUUGCUCAGGCAAUUAAAAAGGAUGGAAAUGUCACGAGUGCUUCCUCCCAAUCAGAUGCACUGAUGCAGACAAACCUGCAGUCGAACCUGCAGUCUGGUGAUCAACCAGUUCAAAUCAAAAGUGAAACGCCCGCACCAAAAGCCAAGAGUGUUAGGCUACAGCGAGGUCUAAGCCCUACAGAUUUGCUUAAUCCCACAAAAUCAGAUACCAAGAGCUCGUCGUCAUCAACUUCUGCUGCUCCCUCUGAUUUGGAGAACGGUCUGGAUGAGGAGUCCAAAGGAUCUCUGCUGGUUCAUCCAAGGCCAGAUAUUUUUUCAACACGCGCACCAUCACCGGAUUUUCAUCCUCCCAGUGCUGGUAUUUCGCCUUUUAGUAUGAGCUCGCCCAGUGAUUUUUUCAAGGUUGCGUCGCCAACCGUGUCGAAUGCACAGUCACCUCUGAAUCUGCAUGCUCCCCAAAGAAGGGAAUCUCUUUCUGUUGCGGUAAUGUCACCAGGAAAUCCUCUUCUGGAGUUGAUCAGUAUGUCCACAAAAGCUGAUGGCUAUCUGGAUUCUCCUAGACUGGCUGCUGCGUUGAGCGAUAACCCAGCUGCAAUGGAGCAGUUCCAGGCCAUUGCUGCCAGUAGUCCCAACUUUGGGACUAUUGGAACUCCAGGCGGUAUUCAGCAGCCUCUCAAUGCAGACCAGAUUGCUUCGCAUAUUGCUUCUCCAAGUUUUUCGUCCUUCAUAUCUGCUUUCACCAACUUUGAAGGCGAUCUUGCAGUGCCCAGUCCAGGCAAUCUGGAUAUGGUUGCGAAUUCUCCAGAGGUGUCACAUAUAAAGGCGAAAGAAGAGGAGGAUAAGCUACAAAGGUCGAAAAAUAGAUCUUCCUCACAAUCAGCUUACCCUUCAACAUCUUCUCAAUCAGGUCAGAUGGUGGUGGUGAAGAACUACACUUCCAAUUCCCCCGAGUCGGCUGCUAGUCCAUUCGACAUUUCGAAGUUGCCAAAGUAUGUUGAGUUAGGUGACCAAUAUUCAAAAAUGUUAAGUGCCUUUGAUCGAUACACAUGUGGAAUUAUGUCCAUGAAAAAUGGCCCUACUGAGAACCCAUGGAGAACCGUGGUUUUGCCGUUGGCCAGGGACUACUCUGUUAUGUUUAAUGCCCUCAGUUCGAUGACCUGUUUUCAUGUUGCUCGGGGAGAUUCUGUUUUGAGAUCUCAAGGUAUGAAGCAUAUGAAAACGGCAAUUGUCGAGUUAGUGCAUGGCCUCAAAGAUAAGACCAUUCCGCCGGAUGUAGCACUCGCUACGUGUAUUGCACUCGCCAUGAGUGAGGCCUGGGACAGACACAUUUCUACGGGUAUUGCCCAUUUAAAAGGUGCACGUACCAUGAUAUUGCAGAUUCUGCAAAACAUAAAGACCAAUAUGGGUGCAAGCCAUUUAACUACUGGAGAUUCCACCAUUAGCGCGGUCAGUCCAGGAAGCAGGACCAUGUCUGUUGGUUCUACCAUGGACAGCGAUAUAGAGAGUCUGCAUCGCAGCAACUCUAGUGGAAGCAUGUACCGGUCCAACUCAAGCUCAUCACUUUGUGCUAAAGAUGAUGUUGUUCCCAAAGGCCUGAAGUUUUUAUUCAACGCCUGGGUCUACUUUGACGUUCUGGCCCGUAUGACCUCUGAAGAAGAUGAUGAGACCUACGAGAAUGUCAAGGACGAAGAAUCCGACUUUGCUGUGGUCACCGACGACGAUGUUACCGAGAUACCCAGAAAGAAAAAAAGAUCAUCUACAAAGUCAAAAUCGAAACAACCAAAUUUGCUUGAGGCUUUCAAGAGCUUUAAUCUGAAGGGUGGAGAUGAAAUUGACCCACUGCUGGGAGUGGGCCAGACUCUGUUUCCAAUUAUUGGCAGAGUGGCUAGUUUGAUUUCGAAGGUGAGAAAAGAGAAUAAAAACUCGCUAACAAUUGUCUCACAAGCCGUGGAAUUGAAAUCAGAACUUGAAAAAUGGCAGCCAAGUUCCUCGGCUUUCAAGAAUACUCAGAUUGAAGACCCUCUGCUAGAUCUUGCUUCGGCAAUAUCAACAGCUGAGGCCUACAGAUAUUCUACUUUGAUUUAUCUUCACCAAGCAGUUCCUGAAAUUCCCUCAAAAUCCUCACAUGCACUAGCUGAGAAGGUAUUGAUGCUUUUUGCCUCUAUUCCAGCUUCCUCCAGAACAUGCAUUGCGCAUAUUUUCCCUCUGCUGGUGGCCUCCUGCGAGGCUAGGCCUGGCGACGAAAGAGCGUGGUGCAAAAAUCGCUGGGAACUGCUUUCGCAAAAACUGUGGAUCGGAAACGUUGAUCGAUCCUUGGAAGUGGUCAAAGAGGUGUGGGCCAGAAAAGACAUCUUCAAGAAGAGGAAGAUGAAGGCCAAGGCCCAGAGCCAGUACGAUGGUAGUAAUUCGUCGAAUGACCAUCGGGGCUCCAAUGGCUCCGAGGACGAGGAACAUCAUGCCAGAUUGGCAUUCCAGAUCUCCGGAUAUCUGAAUUCAGAAGACGAUAAUGUUGGCUUCGAGUUUGAGGGCGACCGAAUCAAAUCGUGGACUCAUUGGACGACCGUGAUGAAGGACUGGGGCUGGGAGGUGCUGCUGGGAUGA